AUGUCUCAGGAUGUCGCCAGCAAACGAAAGCAGAAGAAAGUCGAAAGGGAUGCCGCGAGGUUCCAGAAACCAAGAAAGCGGAAGCGAGAGACGGAGGCUCUACCUGGGGAUGCACAGGAUGAGGAUGAUGAACAGGAUGAGGUUGCGCCGCCGAAGAAUGCUGGAGCAGUGAAGAUUGCGAAGAGCACCGCCACUGUCCCAGACCAAAAUGCCAAGAAGCGAAAGAGAGAAGAGGACGAUACGACACAACCCAAGACGAGUGCAGACACAGCAGCCGGUGAGGAUGGCACAGACGAACCACCAACCAGGAAGAAAAAGCGACAACGAGGCAAGAAAGGGAAAGGCCUGGCUGUAGACGGCAGCGAGCGCAAGCAUCGGUUCAUCCUGUUUAUUGGAAACCUUCCGUACAACACCACCGACGCCUCACUACAAGCCUACUUUGACAAACUCUCCCCCUUCACCCUCCGACACCGAACGGACCCGCAAACAAAGAAGAGUAAAGGCUUUGCCUUCCUCGAAUUCGAAAGCUAUGACCGUAUGGAAACUUGUCUGAAGAAGUAUCAUCACAGCCUGUUCGACCCAGACGAGUACUCUGAGAACGCGGGACGUUUCCCACCUCCACCCCAAAGGAAAGGGAAGAAAGAAGUUGGGAGGCGGAUAAAUGUUGAGUUGACGGCUGGUGGUGGCGGCGCGGGUGAAGUGCGGAAAGAGAAGAUUAGGGAGAAGAAUGUGAGUUUGGAGGAGGAGAGGAAGAGGAGGGCGGAGGCGGAGGAGAAGGAGCAUGAGGCGCAGAUGAAGAGGGAGGAAGGUGCUCUCAAGAAUCAAAAAGCACAAUUGGGACGGGAAGCGGCUGCUUUGGGCAAUCAGAAGGCGAGGAGAGAAAAGGCGGCAGAGGAGAAGUCGAAAGAGGAGGCGAGUCAAGGUAUUCAUCCUAGUCGGUUGGCCCAGAUUGGUAGUAGAUGA